AUGACUUUCCCCGCCCCGCUUAAUGCCAGCGCGCCCGAGGGCAACCAGACGGCACCCAGCCCGGGCAACCGCAGCUGGGCGCCGGGGGACGAGGGUGCCGCGGAUGGCAAUGGCACGUCGCUGAGCCCGGGGCUGGACCUGCCGGCGGUGGGGCUGGGGGUCUUCCUGGCGCUCUUCAUCCUCUCGGCCAUCGUGGGCAACAUCCUGGUCAUCCUGUCGGUGGCUUGCAACCGGCACCUGCAGACGGUGACCAACUAUUUCAUAGUCAACUUGGCCAUCGCCGACCUGCUGCUCAGCACCACAGUGUUGCCCUUCUCGGCCACCCUGGAGGUGCUGGGCUUCUGGGUCUUUGGUCGCAUCUUCUGCAACAUCUGGGCAGCGGUGGACGUGCUGUGCUGCUCGGCCUCCAUCAUGAGCCUCUGCAUCAUCUCGGUGGACCGCUAUAUCGGCGUCAAGUACUCACUCAAGUACCCGGCCAUCAUGACCGAGAGGAAAGCGGUGGUCAUCCUGGUGGUGGUGUGGCUCUCCUCCAUGGUCAUCUCCAUCGGGCCGCUGCUGGGCUGGAAGGAGCCCCCACCGCCCGACGAGAGCAUCUGUAGCAUCACAGAGGAGCCGGGGUAUGCCCUCUUCUCCUCCCUCUUCUCCUUCUACCUGCCCCUGGCCGUCAUCCUGGUGAUGUACUUCAGGAUCUAUGUGGUGGCCCGGCGGACCACCAAGAGCCUGGAGGCGGGGGUCAAGAAGGAGCGGAGCAAGUCCAUGGAGGUGGUGCUGAGGAUCCAUUGCCGGAGCGUGCUGGAGGAUUCCCUCUCCAGCGCCAGGAACAAGGGGCACAACCUCAGGAGCUCGCUCUCGGUGCGUCUGCUCAAGUUCUCCCGCGAGAAGAAGGCGGCCAAGACCCUGGCUAUUGUGGUGGGAGUUUUCAUCCUCUGCUGGUUCCCUUUCUUUUUCGUCCUGCCCUUCGGUUCCUUCUUUCCAUCCCUGAAGCCGUCAGACAUGGUCUUCAAAGUCAUCUUCUGGCUGGGGUACUUCAACAGCUGUGUGAACCCUCUCAUCUACCCCUGCUCGAGCAAGGAGUUCAAGAGAGCUUUCAUCCGGCUGCUCAAGUGCCAGUGCCGCCGGAGGCGGCGACCGCUUUGGAGGGUGUAUGACCACCACUGGCGGGGAGCCUCCAUGAGCAGCUCUGGGCGGGAUUCAGACCCAGACAUGAAGCCCAGAAUUGCCACCCUGAACAGCUCUUUCAUAUUUCACUCCUCGCCCCAGGAAAGAACCAGUCAGAGGAGAACGCUAAGCUUCAGAGGGUGGAAAAUGCAUUUCCAGAAGCCAUCCUCCACCCAGCUGAAGGAGAAGAUGAACAGCCUCUCCCACAAAAUCAGGGGUGGCUCAGGCAAAGGGAGUGUGACCGCAGCUUACAAGACAGAGGUUGAGUCCAUUUCUAUAGCGAUCCCUAAUGACUUCACGGAAACUAUUGACUAUCAAACGUAUGACUUAACGGACUGCUGCGGGCUGAGAGAAACAGAUAUUUAAAGCCACUGGGA